AUGGCCAACCAAAAUGAAGCCCCGCCCAACUAUGAGGAGGCAUUGAUGACACUACCUCGCUAUGGUUCACUUCCAUCAACAAUGAAUGUACAUGGCCAGUGGACAAAAUGGAAAUCCUUAAAUCUCUGCGGCGCGAGUGCCAAAGACCGCCUGUGUCUGAUUGAGAUGCAAACUGGUUAUAGCGGCAAAGCUCCACUCGGAAUGAGAACGGGAUUUGUCCUGCGCGAUGGGAUGAGCAGCAAAGAUCCACUUCUUGCUGCCGCUGGUGAUGAGUUGCAGGGCCUCCAUGUGUUCAAUCCCGACGGCAUCGUCUUCUUGCCUCCACUUGAUCCAGACCCAAAAUCCGACCGCAUGGAUACAGAGGUCAUGCGCGCCGAACCUGGUGCAAAUAACGAUAUCGCCUUCCACUUUUCCAUCGAGGUAGGCGAGAAGCAGCGACGGGAGGAGUUUGCCUGGAGGAAGGUCAAGAAGGGUGACGAUGGAGCCAAGAGAAAUGGGUUCAAGUUGGUUCGGCUCUCGGCAGGUCAACAAACAUCGCAGCCGAGUGGCAGCAGCAGCGUCCAAAAACCGAUUUCGUCCUCGCCUUCACCACCAGGCAAGAAUAGUGGGACUGUCGCCUUUCUUGGGUGGGUCAUGGCCUUUCCAAGUAUGACACAUGCGUUCACUCUUGAGCUGGUGGAUGGCCAGUCGAGCGCGUUAGGACCGCGCUGGACCCUUAUGGUUAUUGUCACUGCAAUCAGGCUAUAUACACUGCAUGUAAAGGGGAAAACGAGCAAGUUUGUCGUCGAUAUGGGAAAGAAGAAUUUGGGGAAUUAA